GAAGUGGCGGGCGGCGAGGGCCGAGUUGCUGAGGCGGGGAGGAGGGGCCCGAGGCGUGAGGGAAGGCGCAAUGAGGGCCGUCUUGACGUGGAGAGAUAAAGCCGAACAGUGUAUAUAUGACCUCGCAUUUAAGCCUGAUGGAAACCAACUGAUUUUGGCUGCAGGAAACAGAUUACUGGUUUAUGACACCUCUGAUGGCACUUUACUUCAGUCCCUAAAGGGACACAAAGAUACAGUGUACUGUGUGGCAUAUGCGAAGGAUGGCAAGCGCUUUGCUUCUGGAUCAGCUGACAAAAGCGUUAUUAUCUGGACUUCAAAAUUGGAAGGCAUUUUGAAGUACACGCACAACGAUUCUAUCCAGUCUGUCUCCUACAAUCCUGCUACCCACCAACUUGCAUCUUGUUCCUCCAAUGAUUUUGGCUUGUGGUCUCCUGAACAGAAGUCUGUCUCCAAGCACAAAUCCAGCAGCAAGAUCACCUGCUGUAGCUGGACAAAUGAUGGUCAGUACCUGGCUCUGGGGAUGUUCAAUGGAAUCAUCAGCCUACGGAACAAAAAUGGCGAGGAAAAAGUGAAGAUCGAGCGGCCUGGGGGCUCCCUCUCCCCGAUAUGGUCCAUCUGCUGGAACCCUUCAAGCCGAUGGGAGAGUUUCUGGAUGAACAGAGAGAACGAGGAUGCCGAGGAAGUCAUUGUCAACAGAUAUUUUCAGGAAAUUCCUUCCACUCUGAAGUCAGCAGUGUACAGUAGUCAGGGUAGUGAGGCAGAGGAGGAAGAGCCAGAGGAAGAGGACGACAGUCUCAGGGACGACAACUUAGAGGAACGUAACGACAUCCUGGCUGUAGCUGAUUGGGGGCAGAAACUUUCCUUCUACCAACUAAGUGGAAAACAGAUUGGGAAGGAUCGGCCACUGAAUUUUGACCCUUGCUGCAUCAGCUACUUUACUAAAGGGGAGUACAUUUUACUGGGGGGGUCAGACAAGCAAGUAUCCCUUUUCACCAAGGAUGGAGUGCGGCUCGGGACUGUUGGGGAGCAGAACUCCUGGGUGUGGACUUGUAAAGUGAAGCCCGAUUCCAACUAUGUGGUGGUAGGCUGCCAGGAUGGCACCAUUUCCUUCUACCAGCUUAUUUUCAGCACUGUCCAUGGGCUCUAUAAGGACCGGUAUGCAUACAGGGAUAGCAUGACUGAUGUCAUCGUGCAGCACCUGAUCACUGAGCAGAAAGUUCGGAUUAAAUGCAGAGAGCUUGUCAAGAAAAUUGCCAUCUACAAAAAUCGAUUAGCUAUCCAACUGCCAGAAAAAAUCAUCAUCUAUGAGUUGUAUUCAGAUGAUUCAUCAGACAUGCGUUACCGGAUAAAAGAGAAGAUUGUCAAAAAGUUUGAAUGCAACCUCCUGGUGGUGUGCUCUGAUCACAUCAUCCUCUGCCAGGAGAAACGGCUGCAGUGCCUGUCCUUCAGUGGAGUGAAAGAGCGGGAGUGGCAGAUGGAAUCUCUCAUUCGCUACAUCAAGGUGAUUGGUGGCCCGCCAGGAAGGGAAGGUCUGUUGGUAGGCCUGAAGAAUGGACAGAUCCUGAAGAUCUUCGUGGACAAUCUCUUUGCCAUUGUCCUACUGAAACAGGCCACAGCCGUGCGCUGCUUAGACAUGAGCGCCUCCCGAAAAAAGCUGGCCGUGGUGGAUGAAAACGAUACAUGCUUGGUCUAUGACAUUCACACCAAGGAGUUGCUUUUUCAGGAACCGAAUGCCAACAGUGUGGCCUGGAACACCCAGUGUGAGGACAUGCUCUGCUUCUCGGGAGGAGGCUACCUCAACAUCAAAGCUAGCACCUUCCCUGUGCACCAGCAGAAGCUGCAGGGCUUUGUGGUAGGCUACAACGGCUCCAAGAUCUUCUGCCUGCAUGCCUUCUCCAUAUCAGCUGUGGAGGUGCCACAGUCUGCUCCCAUGUACCAGUACCUGGAGAGGAAAAUGUUCAAAGAAGCCUACCAGAUUGCUUGCUUGGGUGUGACAGACACUGAUUGGCAUGAGCUGGCCAUGGAAGCUUUAGAAGGAUUAGAGUUUGAAACAGCAAAGAAGGCCUUCAUCAGAGUACGAGACCUCCGAUAUUUAGAGCUCAUCAACAGCAUUGAGGAGAGGAAGAAGCAGGGAGAGACCAACAAUGACCUGUUUCUGGCAGAUGUGUUUGCCUACCAGGGGAAGUUCCAUGAGGCCGCCAAACUGUACAAGAGGAGUGGGCACGAGAACCUCGCACUCGACAUGUACACUGACCUCCGCAUGUUUGAGUAUGCCAAGGAUUUCCUUGGAUCUGGAGACCCCAAAGAAACAAAGAUGCUAAUCACCAAACAGGCUGACUGGGCUAGAAAUAUCAAUGAGCCCAAAGCCGCUGUGGAGAUGUACAUCUCAGCCGGAGAGCAUGUCAAGGCCAUAGAGAUCAGCGGUGACCAUGGCUGGAUUGACAUGUUAAUUGACAUUGCCCGCAAGCUGGACAAGGCCGAGCGGGAGCCCCUGCUGAUGUGCGCUCAUUACUUCAAGAAGCUGGAUAACCCUGGCUAUGCUGCCGAGACCUACCUGAAGAUUGGUGACCUGAAGUCCUUGGUUCAGCUUCAUGUGGAGACCCAGCACUGGGAUGAGGCUUUUGCUCUGGGCGAGAAGCAUCCUGAGUUUAAAGAAGACAUCUACAUGCCCUACGCUCAGUGGUUGGCAGAGAACGAUCGUUUUGAGGAAGCCCAAAAAGCGUUCCACAAGGCCGGGCGGCAGGGGGAAGCGGUCAGAGUGUUAGAGCAGCUCUCAAACAACGCUGUGGUAGAAAACAGAUUUAAUGAUGCUGCCUAUUAUUACUGGAUGCUGUCCAUGCAGUGCCUCAAUGUAGCUCAAGACUGGUUUGACACGCCUCCUCCUUGUUCCCCUACUCCCCUCCCACUGCACACCGAAGAUCCUGCCCAGAAGGACACAAUGCUCAACAAGUUUCACCACUUCCAGCACUUGGCUGAGCUGUACCACUGCUACCAUGCCAUUCACCGGUACACGGAGGAGCCGUUCAGUUCCCAUCGUCCCGAAACCCUCUUCAACAUCUCCAGGUUCCUGCUGCACAGCCUGACGAAGGACACCCCCUUGGGCAUCUCUAAAGUGAGAACACUCUUCACUCUGGCCAAGCAAAGCAGGGCCCUGGGUGCCUACAAACUGGCCCGGCAUGCCUAUGACCAGCUGCGGGGCCUAUAUGUCCCUGCCAGGUUCCAGAAGUCCAUCGAGUUGGACAGCCUGACCAUCCGCUCCCAGCCCUUCCAUGACAACGAGGAGCUGGUGCCCUUGUGCUACCGCUGUUCUACCAACAACCCGUUGCUAAACAACCUGGGCAAUGUUUGCAUCAAUUGCCGCCAGCCCUUCGUCUUCUCCGCGUCUUCCUAUGAGGUGCUGCACCUGGUCGAGUUCUACCUAGAGGAGGGGAUCACUGAUGAAGAAGCCGUCUCCCUCAUUGACCUGGAGGCACCAAGACACAAGCGUGAGAACAAAUGGCAAGAGAUAACAGGCAACAAUUCCCAGACUCUGAGACUGGACGAGACCAUGAAUUCCAUGGGAGAUGAUGACCCAUUCACGGCAAAGCUGAGUUUUGAGCAAGGUGGCUCGGAGUUCGUGCCCGUGGUAGUGAAUCGAUCGGUGCUGCGCUCCAUGAGCCGUCGAGAAGUCCUUAUCAAGCGCUGGCCCCCGCCCCUGCAGUGGCAGUACUUCCGCUCAUUCCUACCUGACGCCUCCAUCACCAUGUGUCCCUCCUGCUUCCAGAUGUUCCACUCGGAGGACUAUGAGCUGCUGGUACUUCAGCACACCCACUGCCCCUAUUGCCGGAGACAUAUUGACGACCCCAGCCGGUGACCUGCACCCUGGGGACCACCCAUCCCCUUUGGGCCACCUUGUAGUUGGCAGUAGAAGAAAGAGGUAAACUGUUAGAAUGUGUGUUCUGCCCAGCUGAAGUUUAUAUUUUAGGGAGAGGCCUUGUGUAACCACGGAAUUCCUAUUUAUGGCAUUUCAUACCUUUUAAAUAGCACCAGAAGAUGGAUAAGAGAAUGUACAUAUAUUUUUCUAAAAAAAAAGUCUGUUACUUUAAGCACGGUUCUGAGUUGUUCAUGGCAGCCUGCUGGAGUCCAGAGAUCUGUCAGACCAUUAACAUGUACACUUUGCAAACAGAUUGCCUCAAUAAUUACAAAUAAAGGGGCUACUUAUUUUCAUCA